AUGAAUGGACAUGAAGCAAUGGUAAUGAACUCCCAUCACUUCCUGAUCCUCCUUUGCCCUUUCCAAAGCCAUAUCAAUCCCUCUCUUCAGCUAGCCAAAAACCUGGCACGCAAUGGUGUAAAGGUCACCUUAGUCACCACAAACCGUGGCCUCAAACAAAUGAAAUCUCUUCCAACCCUCAAGGGAUUGUCGUGUGCCUCUUUUUCCAAUGAAAAGGAUGAUGAUUACCAAUCCCACAAUGGUUUUUAUAGCUAUGUUGAGAGUUUGAGGAGCAUAGGCUCCCAAAUUCUCAUGAAUCUUAUCAAGAAGUUUUCGGACGAGGGCCAACAGUGUGCAACCGCUUUUACCAUUUAUCACCGCUUCUUCAAUAGCCAAGAAGGUAUACACGGCCGAAUGGAUCCCUCGGUUUCAAUAAAAGUACCAACGUUGCCAUUGUUUUCCUCUAGUGACUUACCCACAUUUCUCCUUCCGAAUAGUCCCUCGAGUGGUUUCUUGAUCCCUGUGAUGAAAGAACAUAUACAGGUCUUGCCGUCUUGGAACAAUAUCCCAGAUCCUUUGUUCUUAUUAAUACCUUUGAAGAAUUAG